AUGGCCAGUCCGACAAGCGGAGAACCGCUGCGUGUGCUCGUCACUGUGGGCUCCACCUCAUUUCCUGCAUUGCUCACUGCUGCGCUGUCGGAUGAUGUGCUAAGACAGCUCGCCACGGGCUCGCAGUCUCUCAGGAAGCAUUCAGCCUCAACACAGCCGACGCUCCUACUGCAGCACGGAGCCACGCCCCUUGCGUCUAUCUUGCAGACCUUCCUGGCCAAACCUGUGGACCCCUCCUCCAGAAAGGUCCCGGAAGCAGGUUUAAGAAAGGUCGGUACCAAGUGGGGCUACACCGGAGCUGUGAGGACCGAAUUGGACCCGGGAGAAGAAGGCUUGCUGAAUGUGAAGCUGGCAAGCAGCUCCAAGGGACCUACGCACUCCAAGGCAAAGGCAGACUCGAGAGACGAUGCUGACGAGAAAGAUGCCGCGAUAGACAGCGCCAUUCGCGAUGUCAAAAGUAGGGUGAGAAGGCGCACCGAUGCACGCAAAGCUGGGGCCGACGUCGAGCUGGACGAGGCAGUGUCUUCGGCGCUGAGGGAGCGCAAAGCUAGCCAGAGCAAGUCGCACCGCCAGCAUCAAAUAUCGGAAAUGGACGAGCAGGACGACACGAAUAGCUCGAGCAGCUCAAGUUCGGAUCUCGAGGAUUGGAACAUGGAUGCUAGACCCUCCGGCCCGCUCCCGACGGGGCAUGGUACGCAGCCGUGGACAGCGGAGCCUGAUGCCCCUGGAGGACUCCAAGCCCAUCGCCUGCAGCUGGAGACUUCACAUGGCGUUCAUUUGACCUUGAUCGACUACGUUCAUGAUCUCUCAGAGGAGAUCAGUCGCGCAGAUGUUGUCAUCUGUCACGCAGGUGAGUAGUGCGACCGGGAGCUCGAGCAGCAAAGUCAGGUCUCAUACAUAGCUGCGUGCACUUCCUCUUCCAGGCGCUGGCACCAUCUUAGAAUCAUUGAGGAGCACUAGUGCGCGCGAUCCGCCCAAAGUGCUGGUUGUUCCCAACACAACGUUGAUGGACAAUCACCAAAGUGAACUUGCAGACGAGCUGGCACGGCUGGACUACUGCAAAGCGGGCAGCGUCCGGUGAGCAAUUCAAGCAGGUGACAAGCUAGCCCACGUCUGUUUUGUUCUGAUAGCUGACCGUGCACCUGCGCACGCGACUUUCAGCACCCUCCAUGAAGACCUUCGAAAGCUGCUUGACUCAAAUACGCCGCCUUCGAAGCUCUUCCCGCCCUUUGAGCCAGAACGCUUUGCACAGAUAGUCGACGACCUGGUCGGGUUUUCCUAA